GUACGAGGAAGUUUGGUUGCAUUGCACUUGUUUGAGAUCAGCUGUCAUUGCGUAUGAUACCGAUGGUAUAAUUUCGCAGUAAAUUUUGUGUUUUUUUACAAGAGUGUGGUAGGCGGUGACAGGACGGAGACUUUGCAAAGUUAGUGUUCCUGCUCGAUUGUGAAUGUGAAAUUUCUUUCAACUGUAAAAUCGUUAUUCGUCAAUUAGAUCUAAUGCCCAAGAAAUUUGUGGGAGAAAACAGUAAAGCUGCUGCUGCAAGAGCUCGCAAAACUGCAGCAAAGGAAGAAGAAAAUGCAAGGCGGCAACAACAGCUAGAGGAUGAAUUGUGGAAAGAUGACGAUAAACACAUUAUUAGGAAGCAGCAGAGGAAGGAAGAACAGCUACGGAAGAAACAAGCAGUUUUAGAAAAAAAGGCUGAAUCCAAAGCACUCCUUGAACAGGAGCUGAAAACCAUUCAGACUACAAAUAAGCAGCCAGCUGCCAAAAUAACUCAGGCACAGAUCCAGGCUGAAACAGAACGCAGACGUUUAGCUGCUCUGAAGAUUAAAGAACCAGAGACACACUUACAAGUGCCUUUAGAGGAAAACAUAAAUAGAGUGGUUGUUGAAGGGGAUGAGGCACGGAACAUUGAUGAAGCCAUUGCUGUUCUCAGUGACAAAACUUCAGUAGGUGACAAACAUCCAGAGAAACGAUUAAAAGCUGCAUACACGGAAUUUGAAGAAGCUAAUCUUCCCCGUAUAAAAAUGGAAAAUCCUACACUUAGACUGUCACAGCUUAAGCAGAUAUUGCGAAAGGAGUGGAUGAAAUCACCACAGAAUCCCCUCAAUCAGCGUCUGAUGUCAUAGUUAAUGUAUAAUUAUAGUUUUGUGGUUAAAUGAUGUGUGGACUUGUUUUCAUUAUUGUGUAAAUGAGGCAUUAAAUCUCUGAGUGCAGUUUAA